AUGGAUUUGAACUACAGAGUUUUUACUAGCAUUUCACAAACCUGGUGGAUCGCCGGUCUUGUCCCUACAACAUUCGGAUGGAUAACUGCUGGUCUUAAUAAAAACAAAAUGGACAGAUAUAAGACACGCAAGCAGCCAAAAUUUCAAGCACCUGAUUACGUCUUUGGGCCCGCUUGGACGAUUUUGUACUUUGCCAUGGGUUAUGCUUCGCAUUUGGCUUACCAAGCAGAUCCCCUGUUGAUUACCAAUGCUGGUCGCAAAGGUGCGGCUUUGUAUCUAACUCAAUUGGCCCUAAACUAUUCUUGGAUGCCACUUUUCUGUUGUCAAAAGCCAAAACUUGCCCUCCUCAAUAUUGGUGCUUUGACAGGUGUCGUAGGUUGGUUGGCCAAGACAUGGUGGCCGAUCGCUCCUACGGCCUCAAAGAUACUUGUUCCAUAUCUAGCCUGGCUGGCAUAUGCUGGUUAUUUGGUAAGUGCUUAA